AUGGAAGUGUUAAAGAAUAUCAGAGUCUACCCCCUGUCAAACUUCAUUGCAUCGUCCAAAACCUAUAUAAAUCUACCAAAUGAACUGAAAAACCUAACCACUAAUGAGCAAGAAACCAAACUGGGGUUCUUGCACGUCAUUGAAAAUGACUUCAAGCCCUCGAGCAUACUGCAGAAGCUGGUCGGCGAUACCGCGGACGGAGGCAAGAUCCUGAUCAUAGACAUUGUAUCGUUGUGGUCCCAACAAAAGCAGAGGCAAAAUGGCAUGAUCUAUAUGAAUUCAGUGUCUUGUAUAAACAUCACCGGCUUGAUCACGUUUCUGGAACUGUUGUAUGACGCGCCCAUGGACGCAUUGAGAAGAUGCCAAGUGGACGAUUUCAACUUCCAGCUCCGGGGGAUAAUGAUCGAUAAUUUAUCAUUCUUGAAUUUCGAAAAUGACAACAAUUACGAUGUAAUAAAUCUAUCGAAAUUCGAAAAACUGUUCAAGAUUCUAAGGAAACUCAGAGAUUUCUUGGGAUGUUGGAUCAUCACCAAAAGUUUCCCCACGGAAUUCUACAACGGCAUCGAGAAUACUCUUAUUGAUAAAUGGUCGAUCAAGAAGAAAGGCGGCGUUACGCAAUACCCGACAAAACUGCCUGAAUCAUACAUGAAGGGCAUGGACCUGAUAGUUUAUAAAGAGCUUGUCAACGGCAAGGCCCGGUACACACGAAUAUCUGCAGUUAAGACAUGA